UCCAACGUCUAAGUACAUAACAGCCUAGACUAUAGAGCCAGUUCAGGUUUGCUUAGUUGCAGCGACGCACACCAUCUUAUUUAUUUCGUUUCUUCAUCGAUCUGGAAUAAAAGGAGGCCGACGUUCACGUGACAUGGGGGAUACACCCGAAGAUGACCCGGUGGACCCGAAGAGCCUGAUUGCAGAGGAGGACGUGAAAGAAACUCUUUUGUGCGACAAAGGAGAAGAAGCUGCACUCAUUUCAUGGGAAGUGGUAGACUUCACAAAAACUGGCGACAACUAUUCUACCUUUGUAACGAGUAUUCAAGUGACGUACUCCAUGGCAGACGAGGAGUUACAGGUUUCUUACGUUACAAAAGUGAAUCCUUGUAGGAAACUGGAGGGCUUUGAAUCAAUCACCCAUGCCCUUUUUGAAAAGGAGGUCAAUUUCUACUUAAAUCUUGUUCCAGACCUAAACUCUGUGCUGGAGGAAGCUGGAAUAGAAACAUUAAAUUUACCCAGAUGUUACCACGUUAAUUUAGACCAAGGGCAGGAACGGGCAUAUUACGAGGACUUACGGGAGCGUGGCUUUAAGAUGGUCGACAGAAGACAAGGCUUAGACGCUGCUCACGUUACUUUGGUGCUAAAAGAAUUAGCUAAAUUGCACGCGGCUUCACGUCUCCUGCAAGAAAAAUCUCCCGAGGAAUCUCUGGAGGAAAAGUACUACCCCACUUUGCAAGACUGGUUGAAUUUAGGGGAAGAGGCCAAUGAGGUCCUCACGCCAAUGUUGCAAGGUUACCUGAACCAUGCGAGAGAUAUAUUGAAAAAUUCUGGUGGGGAAAAGAGAAUCCUGGAAUGGAUUGAGAGCUUAAGACCAAAUCUUCGGGAAGAUAUGAUUACCAAAAUGCAAAGCGAUACCUUUGGAAGCAUCUGUCAUGGGGAUUGCUGGAGUAACAACAUUCUCUUCAGGUACGAAGACGAAGAACCUGUGGAAGUGAUGUUGGUGGAUCUGGAAGCUUGUCGGUAUGCCACACUCGCCUCCGAACUGAACUACCUGCUGUAUUCAAGUGUGGCUUACCAAGUUAGGAAGGAGAACCUUGAAGACUUCAUGAGGACUUACUUCUCUGCUUACAAUGACAUAGUCCAGGCUGGUGGGCUCGAGAUGAGUUUCAGUGAGGAAGAACUCAUGGAGGAGUUUCGGGAUAAGAACAUUCUUGGCGCCAUCUUUGCUAUGAUGAUUGUACCGAUUGUUCUGUUCGAGACAGGAGAAUUGCCUCACAUUUCGGAAUUUAGUGGUGACUUUGAAGAAGCCAUAAAUGAUUUCUGGGCCCGUGUCAAGUCACUGGUUGAUGAGAGUCCCUUGUUGAGACCCAGAUUUCUGGAUAUGUUUGAAGAAUUCACUGAAACAGGGCUCAUACCCUUAAUAAACUUUUAGUCUUUUUCAAUAUUCUUUGUAAAUCUACAUACUGAUAAGCUCUUUUGUUUGAAUGAAUAUGAAUGCGAAAGAAAAAGUCAGAAUAUGAAAACUAGGAAGUAUAAUGUUAGAAUAACAUUCAAAUCUUUAUAAAAUGAAUAUAAACAAGCUUGUAAGUUAUAGCAGAG